AAUUUGUAUCCUAUUUAUUCUCUCCCAGCAGCUCCCCGUCCUCCGCCAGAUCAGCGAGAGGCCACAGAAUGCGAUCUCCGAUCUGCUGUUUAGGAGCCGCCAACGCGGUGGUUGAGCCGGCGGAAGCGAUGACCGGACAGAGAAUUCCCAAAUCUCCUUACGAGUGGCUCAAAUCCACCGCGCUGGAGCUCCAGAUCAGAGACCGGUGCCUCCGCGUCAAGACGCGAAUCAAGGUCACGUGCCACCACCAUCAACGGCCUCACAGCCAGGGAUCUCCUGGAGAUUUCAGCUACGACGCGUUGAGCUACGCGCUCAAUUUCGAGGACGACGUGAGGGCGGACGAGGACAGUUCUUAUCCGGAUUUUACGGCGAGGUUGCCGGCGUCUCCGGUGGUGAAGUCUAGGUCGGCGACGGUUGAUCUUAUCUCGUUCUAACCGUUUGUGUGCGACGGCGGAAUAUAUAAAUGUUUUCUCCGUUGUGCUUUUAUUUGAGAAUUUGAGAAAUUGUGUAAACAAUAUGACGUCAUUAUUAUAAAAGUAAAUUUGAUUGAUUGAUUUACCUGUAAUAUGAUUGAUGUGUGAAAAAAAAACAUUUUCUAUA